AUGUCAAACUAUAUUAUCAACGAAGGCGAAUUCCGAGCCCUCAGCGGCAAGGUGAUUCUGGUUACUGGAGGGGCAACAGGGAUCGGUCGAGCAAUUGUCGAUCUUGCGCUUCGUCAUGGUGCGAAAGUUGCCGUCUGUGAUGUCAACGAGGCGAAAGGAAAGGAGAUGGAACAAGAAUCCGGAGAAAAUCUGUUUUUCCAAAGGUGCGACGUAAGCAACUGGAGUAGCGUGCUGAGCUUCUUCAAAAACACGUACAACGUCCUGGGCCCGAUUGAUGCAGUGGUUUCCAAUGCAGCCAUCAAUGUGGUUGAAUCUCUCGACGACGAUAUCGAUACAGCUACAGGCGAACUACAGGCGCCAGACUUGUCGGUGUUGAACGUCAACGCAGUUGGCACCUGGUAUGUCACCAAAUGCGCAAUUCACUUCUUCAAAAAGCAUCCGGAGACAAGAUCCCAGCUGGUUCUCUUUGGUUCCGUAGCGAGUCUCUUUGACACACCGCCGUUAUACACGUAUUGUGCGAGCAAGGCCGCCGUGUUGGGAUUGAUGCGCGCGCUCCGGACUCAGUUACCCAAAGACAACAUUACAGUCAACAUGAUUGCACCGUGGAUGACGACCACGCGCAUGGUUACCGACCAUAUCCGCAAAAUAUGGGGGGAGUUACCGGCAAACUCUCCUCUGGAUGUGGCCAGAGCGAGCUUGUUGCCAGUCUUACAGCCCGAAGUGAAUGGGAAGUCUUUUCUCAUCAACGGCGGACAUAUAACCGAGGUCGAGGACAAAUUAAACGAGACUCAGCCGAUAUGGCUGGGGGACGAGCUUGACAAGCACAUGCGUGAAGGUCAACGUAGGCUCAUCCCAUAG